AUGUCUGCCGAUGGAGUACAUGGAAAUAUAGAAACAAAAAUAAGGAAAGUUAGAAAUAUUUACGAUUAUGAUGACCUAAAAAAUACAAUUAAAUCUAGCAGGCAGAAUUUAGAUAUAAUUGAUCAGAAAAAAUUCAGACAAUGGACAAGUAAAAAAAGAGCUACGAACAUUAAAUCUGACCCACUUAAAAAUUUUAAACUAGGUGAUAUAGUAAUGGCUAAAUUUAAAAGAGGUUCUGUUACAAUGUUUUAUUCAACUGACUUUGAUAAUGAAAUUCUUCAGGAACUGGACUUUUUACAAAAAAAAUUCAUAAAAAACAUCACCAGUUAUGAGCCAGACAUAAUUAUACAAAACAGAGGAAUACCUCCAACUAAAAAAAAAGAUAUAAUUGAAAAAUUAGUCCCAUUGAUGCCAGCUAAUAGAGAACUAUUUUGGACUGAACUUCCAGUCUCGUUGACUUCAACUGAUUUGGUUGAAAAUAUUGAUUUGUCUGAUACUUUCAUUAAUGAAUGCCAUUAA